CAAGCGCGCUGACAGAUCAAUGUGACCGUUUCAAAAAUCCCAGUCGCUUCGUUUUCACCCAUUUUUCACUCGCGUGAGCUAGGAUGCCAGUGUUUGGCUAAUCAACAGUGACUAAAGCUGACUCUACCGUGCUUGCUGCAAGGAUUACAACUGAAUGCACUCCAGUCCGAGUGGCAGAUGUACUUUGGGUGAACUUUUUUUACUCUCUGCUGCUUGCGACAGUGUCCACACUCUCACGGCUUGUGGCAUGGCGGAAAAACGGAGGUCUCCGUGCACUAUGAGCCUGAAGGCUCACGCGUUCUCGGUGGAGGCGCUCAUCGGCGCCGAGAAGAAGCGCAAACUUGAGGACGACGACGAAGACAAUGUUGAGAACUGCUUCGAGGAGGGGAACGAGGUCGCGAGCCUUAACGGGAGUCCGAGGCUCAGAACGGAGAGGUUGUGCGCCAGCGCUCGAAGUUGCGAGAUUGAGUGCGCCAGUGACGGGUCCCCUGAAUGCGAUGAGGUGUUAUUGGAGAGCCCGCGGCCAUCAUCCCAGGGCGCGCCCUUGCUCGUGAGUGCUUCGGGAGAGGAGAUGCGCACGGACCUGCAGGGCUCCGACCUUUGGAAACGGUUCCAUGAGAUCGGAACGGAAAUGAUAAUCACCAAAGCGGGCAGGCGGAUGUUCCCUGCCAUGCGCGUCAAGAUAACGGGUCUGGAUCCCCAUCAACAAUAUUACAUCGCCAUGGACAUAAUUCCCGUAGACAACAAAAGAUACAGGUAUGUCUACCACAGUUCCAAAUGGAUGGUGGCAGGAAACGCUGACUCGCCCGUGCCGCCACGCGUCUACAUCCACCCGGAUUCGCCCGCUUCUGGGGAGACAUGGAUGAGACAAGUCAUUAGUUUUGACAAGCUUAAACUGACCAACAACGAGCUUGACGACCAGGGCCACAUCAUUCUGCACUCCAUGCACAAGUACCAGCCGCGCGUGCACAUCAUCCGUAAGGAGUGUGGCGAGGAGCUGUCUCCGGUCAAGCCGGUGCCCACCAGCGACGGCGUCAAGGCCUUCGCCUUCCCCGAGACAGUCUUCACCACCGUCACCGCCUACCAGAACCAACAGAUCACUCGCUUGAAAAUUGACAGAAAUCCCUUCGCCAAAGGAUUCCGAGAUUCUGGAAGAAACCGGAUGGGGCUGGAGGCUCUGGUGGAAUCGUACGCCUUCUGGAGGCCGUCACUCAGAACACUCACAUUCGAGGAUAUCCCUGGGAUGACCAAACAAGGUGGUCCCGGUGCCCACCCAGGCAUGGUGGGCUCGUCCGCACACCUGCUCUCCUCCUCCCCUUGCUCCUCCCCUGCCUUCCACCUGGGCUCGGGGGCGGGCCAGAUGUGCGACUACUCCGCCUGCAGUCGUGCUGGCCACACCCUCCACCGAUACGCCCCGCCCCUCACCGCCGACUCCUACAGCCGAUUGGCCGCCGGUGGUCCCGCCACGGACACCUUCUCCGCCGCCCGAGCGCCCGCCUACGUGGGCGCGGCUACAGACGCCGACGGCUUCCCCUGCGGCCAGAUCCAAAUCCCCGGCAUGCCUGGCCCCACCCCUUCCCAGCUGCAGUACCUGAUGCCCGGCGCCGCCCACAACGCCUUCGCCACCAACCAGGGCACGCAGAGCUCCUACGGCGGCUUCCGCCUGCACAGUCCCUACGGCCUCUACGGCUACAACUUCUCCACGUCGCCCCGGCUGGCCGCCAGCCCGGAGAAAAUGGCCGCCACGCAGGGCGCCUUCCUAGGCUCAUCCCCCAGCGGCACACUGACGGACAGGCAGGUGCUGUCGCCGGUGGACGGCCUGCAGGUGUUGGGGGGAGGGCCCAGCGGCCAGCAGAGCCUCUUCGACUCCAGAACUCUGGGGAGUUUAGGGGCGGGGCUAACCAGCUCUGGUUCUCAAGUCACCGCCCACAUGGCUUGAAAAGAUAAAAGAAAAACUCAAAACAGAAGUGCACACAUGGCUUAAAAAAACUCAAAACAUCAAGUAAAACACCCCGCCUCCCAAUCGGUCCUACUAUUAUUCUCACCCACUACCGUUACCAUGUUGUACGGUUGCCAUGGUCUUGAAAUCGUCCAACAUUUGUUCAUGUUGACUUUUUUUUCCCAAAAAGUUGAUGACCAUGGUGACAAUGGAGCCCAUAGCAAUGAGGAAUAUUGCAUGAAUGGAACGCCCAUGAGGUGGAUUUGACAGGAUCUCUGUAAAUGAACAAAGAGCACAAGAAAGACUUAAGGAGUUGAACUAUACAAAGAGUGUGAAUACAAACUUAUACUGAGGUACCGGGCACUCUGAAGUCUUGAGGUUCCUGUGUAGUCAUUGGCCAAAAUGUAUUAGCAUUGUCUUUUAGUUUUCCAUUUAACUGUUCUAAGCAUCUAUGAAGAUGUCGUCCAUAUUACAGUAACUUUUAAGGGUCCCUCAGACUAUGCAGUGUGAACCUGACACUGGGAAAUGGACUAGACCUGGAAGACGGCACAGGAACUUGCACCUAAUACCACAACAACCGGAACUUUAAAUGGAGAGCGGAACUAGAACAGUUUGAGCUUUCCCAUUUAGACAUACUGACAGCACUUCAUUAGGCUUGAUUCUUGUGUGUGUGUGUGUGUGUGUGUGUGUGUGUGUGUGUGUGUGUGUGUGUGUGUGUGUGUGUGUGUGUGUGUGUGUGUGUGUGUGAGAGAGAGAGAGAGUGUGUGUACCUCUAGUGUAUGUCCUUGUUUGUGUGCGUGUAUGCACUGUAUUUCUGUACUGUAUGUUGUCUUUCGUAUGUGUGUAUUUGUGUGCAUGUCUCUUAUUUCUUGUUAUAAAAGCUCUAACUCUCGAGAGAACAAUAGGAGAGAACAACUGGUAACACUUUAUUUGAUGAACAGGUCUGCAUAAGGGCGUCAUGUAACUGGCAUAAGGAUGACAUGUUAGAAACAUUAAUGUUGGUGAUGCAUUAUUGAUGUUUAUGAGAUUGUUGUCAUAAUGGGUCAUUGAUUUUUGGAAUAUCAAGUUGACAUUGUUUGGGUGUCACAACGUUAAAAAAAAUGGACGACACGUUAUGACGACAGACAAGACAAGAGUUUCGUUGCAAAAUGGUGUAUCCACCAUUUUUGACUUUUGCAUUUUAUUAUUGGAAAUGACUGUUCAGAAGUCCUGUGCAUUUUUGCCAUUGAAAUAUUUUGAGAACAUACUCUUUAGAUGUACUCUUAGCAUCUCUAUAAGAGGGUAUGUCCGUCCAUCGGUCCAUCGCUCUGUCCGUCUGAAACGCAUUCUUUAAAUUGGACUAAACACGAUCUUUGCCGCCAUUUUUCGCGUUAUUCUCUUCAUAAGUAUUUGUACUUUCGGACGCAUCUUUGUCCACCUGUCAGACUUGCUAAACCUAUAUGAAAUGCAUGAGUGCAUUGCAAUGCAAUGCCCAAUACAAAAAUAUAAAUUUCCCAAAAUGUUCCAAAAUGGAUAUACCGCCAUUUUGCAAUGAAACUCUUCAUAUAUAGCAUGUCCCAAAAUGUGUCAUGUCAUUCUUAUGAAAUGCAUUUUGCAAUGGAAUGCCCAAUAUGAAAAUGUCAUUUUCCCAACAUGUUCCAAAAUGGAUAUACAUCAUUUUGCAAUGAAACUCGGUAACACUUAAUUUUAGGGAUACAUCUAUUAGCACUAAUACAUACAAUGUUAAUGCCUGCAUAAGUAACUUGUAAGGCAUGUACUAAGCAAACACUAAGGCCUACUAGGGCCUUACUAAGGUUAAAUUGGUAAUAAAUCCCUUAUUGUGCAUGAACAAGACAUUUGCGAAUACAUGCCUAACAAAUGUUUGAUUUUGCUUUGUACAUGCUUAUAAGUUACUUAUACAGGCACAUUGUAUGUAUUAAUGCUAAUAGAUGUAUCCCUAAAAUAAAGUGUUACCUGAAACUCUUCAUAUAUAUAUAUUGUGUCCUAAAGUUGGUCAUGUCAUACUUAUGACAGUUGCAUGACACCCUAAUGUAGACCCCCUUCAAAGUGUUACCAAACGACCUUAUAGGGACAGACUGAGGAUCAGCUGUGACACACAUCAUGGUCUGUUGAUGUUUGUUUCAAUUAGCAACAGCAGCCUGCCCAUGUUAAACAUGUUAAAUUAUAAUGUUUAAAGAAAUGUUAAUGAGGAUGAUGAUCAUUCGACAUCAUUAUGUUUGAAAAGAUAAAUGUUGAACAAUUUAUCUGUGAUGCACUCCACAAAUAAAAGAAGCCACA